AUGAAGAGAUAUUCUCUGAUAGUUUUGCUUGGGGAGAAAGCGCAGCAGGAGCUAGCCUGCUACGCCGCCACAGACGACAGAAGGACAUUAAGAACUCUGGAAUGGAUCCAUCGCGAAAAACGUCCUCGAGAGAGGCCACCAACCAGAUGGGCUAACGUGUUCGUGGCAGAUGGACUAGCUGAAAUCUCAGCUGGUAACGAGUAA